AUGAAUUUAUUUUUAAGUUGUUUUUUAAUCAAAAUAAAUGAAAAAUAUUUAUUCAGAAUUUUAGUGAAGCUGGAUCGUGAUUUUGUGUUAAAUUUAAAUAUAGGCGGUUCAUCGUAUCGAAUACGUUUAUCAACGCUGCUCAGCCGUAACGAUAAUGGACGGCUUGUUGAAUUCGCCAAGUCAACUACACAUUCUGACCGAUUAAAAAUCUGUGAUGCAUAUUUCUCUAAUAGCGAUGAGUAUUAUUUUGAACGAUCCCCAAAACUUUUCGAAGCAAUAAUAAAAUUUUAUAUUUCGGGUAAAUUGCAUCGUCCACUCGAUAUUUGUAUCGAUGAAUUUAGUGCAGAAUUACUUUACUGGAAUAUUCCAAUGAAAUAUUUAGCUCCAUACGAAUGUCAAAAAUUAAUCUCGGAAAAAAAUUUACGUAAACGAAUUCAUAAAAUAUGUGAAGGAGAUGGCACUACAUUAUCGAACGUAUUUUCAUUUAUGAGCAUAUCUUUCGUAUUAAUAUCUGUAAUCGGGCUUGUUUUUGUCACUGAAGAAUGGGAACCUAUGCCAAUAUUUACUCAUCUAGAGAGUGGAUGUAUACUUUGGUUCACUUUUGAAUACGGUUUGAGAUUUUGUGUCGCACCGAAUCGUCUUCAAUUCGUUCGCGAAUUAAUGAACAUUGUAGAUUUGAUAGCGAUCGUUCCAUUUUAUUUAGAAAUUUCACUCAAUCUUUGCGGUGUUGAUAUUACAAGUCUAAGUGAUAUAAAAGGAGCUUUUUUGGUAAUGCGAAUAAUGAAAGUUUUACGAGUGGUAAGAAUUUUGAAAUUGGGACGAUAUAGUUCAGGAAUGCAAACGUUUGCAUUGACUCUUAAAAGUAGCGCACGACAAUUAGGUAUGAUGGCAAUGGUGCUUUCAACAGGAGUGGUUUUUUUUUCAACGCUAUUGUAUUUUGUCGAAAAAGAUGAAAUGGAAACACCAUUUACAUCGAUUCCAGCUGCUUUUUGGUGGGCCAUUGUGACUAUGACUACAGUUGGUUACGGUGAUUAUGUACCAAUUACAGUGCCGGGUAAAUUGAUUGCAAGUGGUGCAAUAAUAUCGGGUGUGCUUGUGCUUGCUUUACCAAUUACAAUUAUUGUUGAUAAUUUUAUGAAAAUACUUGCAGCAAUUUUCUCGUCGAUAUUUAUGAAAUAA